UGCAAGUUCAAGGCGGGCUUACAAUUUUUUCGGUGAUGUUGUAAUCUUUGAUACUACUUAUAACACUAAUCGCUAUGGCUUGAUAUUUGCACCAAUAAUGGGGGUUAACAAUCAUGGUCAAACAAUUGUUUUUACUUGUGGAUUUUUGAAUCAUGAGAGCGUUGAUGAUUUUGUAUGGUUAUUUAAUAAAUUUUUGGAAAGUAUGCCUCGUGGUGCCCCGAAGAUGAUUAUUACUGAUCAAGACCCAACUAUGACAAAGGCAUUCCCUCAUGUUCUUCCAAAUACUUUUCACAGGUAUUGUAGUUGGCAUAUAUUAAUGAAGUUUUCUGAGAAAAUUGAUGCAGUGAAGUAUAGUAUUUAUAAAAGUGAGUUCUCGGCUUGCAUUUGGAAAUCAGAGACUCCUGAAGAAUUUGAUUUACAAUGGGAAAGUUUGAUUAAAAAAGUGGGUUAGAAGGAAACAAGUGGUUGCA